AUGCAGAAGUGGUUUUACAAACGUCGAGCAAAUGCGGAAGAAUGCAGUACUUUAUUGACACCAAGGAUGGAGAACGAGCUACGGAAGACUUUCGAAAAUGGAACUAGGCUUCGAGCCCAUGUCCUGACAAACAAGUUGACGCAGGUUGGAAUAUCCAACGACACGGACAUAGUUGACUUGUCCAGAGAAACUUGCACAUGUCGUGAGUUCCAACUAAACAGUAUGCCAUGUGUUCAUGCAAGUCGUGCUGCUUGCUUUAGAGGGAAGACGUUGUACGAGCUUUUCUCCCGUUAUUAUUCAUUGGACUACUGGAAGGAUGCCUACAGCGAAACUAUAUAUCCUGUUCCGAGAGAAGUGGAUUGGGUUGUUUCGAGCUUAAUUACAUGUACUCCUAUUUUCCCACCACUCGUACGUCGUCCUCCAGGUAGACCACCAACCCGCCGUAAGCAUUCUAGGUAUGAGUAUGCAUGGUCUACCAAAAAAUGUACCCGCUGUGGUAGAGUUGGACCACGUGUUCAAACCCCCGUGUAUCACAUGCUCCUUAAAGAUUUGCAGGUUAAUAGACAUUGUAUGUUAAUUAUUCCGUACUACAUCGAACAUUAUGAAGUUAUGAUUUACAGUUUGUGA